AUGAACGGUAACACUGAGAUCCCAUCAAAUCUGGGGAACACCCAAUGUGCUAGCAAACGGGGAGCUGAUUGGCGCCCGUGGGCCCUGAGGGUUGGCCUUGGUGGCGGCCCUAUGGGGGACACAGCAGACCCCACGGGCCCGGUCAAUGGGACCUCAACGGUCAAUGCCAAGACUUUCAGGGGACCACAUGGGAAGUGA